UCCGAAACUUCGCUUUAUAUUUCAGAAGGUCGCAGGCUCUACUUCUCGUUCACCAAAUUACUCAACUUGAUCAAUCAUACACACACCGCAGCACAUAUCCACCAUGAGUGACCAGGAAGCACCCGUCACCGCAUACCCGUCCACUACCAUCAAAUCGCAAGAUCAGUCCGGUGGCCCCGGGCUUGACAAAAACAUCGAUCCCUACGCCGAAUGGACACGUCUUGAGUUCUGGGACGACGACAACAAACCCUACCUCAAAGAAUACGAAGGCCGAGACCUCCUCAAAGGCAAAGCGGCACUGAUCACCGGCGGCGAUUCGGGUAUAGGGCGGUCAGUAGCAAUUCUGUUUGCAAGAGAGGGUGCAGAUGUGAGUAUUGUAUAUCUGCCGGAAGAGGAGGAAGAUGCCCAGUUCGUGAAGAAGAAGGUGGAGGAGGCGGGCCGGAAGGCGAAUUUGAUGCAGUUUGAUCUGAAGGACAGGAAGAACUGCGAGAAGGCUGUUGAAGGCCACAUGAAGGCGUUUGGAAAACUGAACGUACUUGUCAACAACGCUGCCAUGCAAGAGAUGCAAGAGGACAUUUCUGAGAUCGAUCUCGACGUCACCGAGAAAACGUUCCAAACGAACAUCAUUUCUAUGUUCGCCAUGACAAAGUAUGCGAUCAAGCAUAUGAAGCGUGGCGACACGAUCGUGAAUAGCGCAUCGGUUGCAGCAUACAUGAGCAACCCGGUGUGUCUCGACUACGCAUCUACAAAAGGCGCGAUCACUACCUUCACUCGAGGUUUAGCGCAGCAGCAGGCCAAGAAUGGAAUUAGAGUGAACGCCGUUGCACCAGGCAUCAUCUGGACUCCUUUGCAACCAGCAACCAAGGGCAACCCACCGGAUGCUAUGAAGGCUUUGGGCGUUGGUGCUUGCCCACUGAACCGACCAGGUAUGCCAAUUGAGAUGGCUACCUUGUAUGUUACCCUGGCUUCGCCUCUCGGUUCUUACUGUACGGGCGAGACUCUGCAUGGCUCAGGUGGUCUUGAGAUGCAAGGAUAGUUUGAUGUAUGGUUUGCUUCACAAAAUGGGCCACAUAUAUGCUUAAAAGGUUAUGUAAAUACAC